AUGCAAUGCAGUGGCUAUAUUUCUCCUGAAUAUGCAGUGCACGGAUCCUUCUCAACGAAAUCUGAUGUGUUCGCCUUUGGCGUAAUUGUGCUUGAGAUAGUCAGUGGGAAGAAGAACAGAGAGUUUUGCGACCCUCACCAACGUCUCUACCUUCUUGGACAUGCAUGGGAGCUCUGGAAUGAGGAGAGGCCUUUGGAGCUAGUGGAUGAAUCAGUGCGCGAUUCGGUCAUUGAAGUUGAAGCAUUAAGAUGCAUACAGAUAGGGCUUUUAUGUGUUCAAGGGAGACCCGAAGAUAGGCCUAACAUGUCAUCUGUAGUUCGUAUGCUGGAAGAUGAUAAACCGUUGCCUGAGCCGAGGCUGCCGGCGUUUACUCGCACCAUGAAGAAUCUCUGGGAAGAGAUGAUGAAGUUUCAGCAAAUGAGGUUACCAUUUCAUCGUUAGGGGCAAGAUAGGCAGCCUGUUUUGAUUUUGCCAGUUUCACUUUUAUUCCUGGUCAAAUGAGAAUUUGUGUGUGAUCAGUGUAUAAAAUUUUUAUUUUCGUAUUGAUUCACA